AUGAGUCCCCUCUUUGCAGAUGAUGGGGGAAAACCGAUUAAAUUUUAUAUACAAGAAGACUUAUCUCAACAAAAUAAGACACAUCUCCUUCAAACCAUACCUGCUCUCGGUGGUGAAGUUGUUGGUGGAACAAUACCACCCUCAGGAAGUAUUGUGCUCAUUGAAUUGGGAAAACCUGAUGCAGAACGCUUGCUGCGCGAACACACUAGACCCGAUCUGAGACUCCAUGUCGUUCCCUACACUUACGUCGAAGCUUGCCGAUCCGCAGGUGGUCUUUUGAAGCAAAUAUUUGUAGAAGAACCUGGUUCUCAGCCCAUGGCAAUUCAUCUUCACGAAAGUCUUGCAAAUCUUAAAUUUAGGGACGAGAUGUCCUUACGCAUUCUGUACGCGGGAGGUAAUCCAUUUACCACCUUUGAAGACUGCCGGGUUAUCAUUGCAGACGCAAAGACUCCAGUCUUUACGUCUCUCGUCAAACUAACACAUCAUAACCCUAAUAAAUACGUUGAGUCUUUGGAGUGGGUCGCCAAAUGCAUAGAAAAAGAGGCAGUAUCAUUCACCCCGCAUGUAUACAAGAACCCAGGAGGCAGGAGAGCAGGUGAAGAGCGCACGCAGUUUAGUGAUGAGGACGAACGGAAACUCUGCGAAUGGAUUGCUCUAAAGAUCCCCUUCAAAGAGACAGGUGGUAGGACUGGUAAUAAGCUCUACAUUCAACUAUGCGAGAUGAGCGAAGUGCCGGGAUAUGCAUGGGUCCGGAGACAUACCUGGCAAUCAUGGCGCGAACGUUAUAAAAAGCAUUGCAACAAACUUGACAGAAUCAUCGACGAAAUCGUCAGUGAGACGAAGCCCAGCAUCGGUGAUAAAGGGCAGUAUGGUUAUGUUCGUCAAGAUGACGAACUCAAAACCCGAAAAAAACGCAAACGAUCCGCAGCCACAUCGCCUGAAUCACACCAGGAAUUCGUCGUUGGAAUGAGCACGGAUGGUGAUGCUCCUCAGAUUCUGGAAGGGGAGGUGUUUUCGCCGUUCUUGUUGGCUCAGAGAACUACCUCUGUAAGUCAGGAAGAGGAAUUAGAAUGGGAGGUUCGUAUUGGAAAUGACGACGUUCCGCAAUGGGCGAAACGGAAUCCACAGGACGACAAGAAACUCAAAUCGAUCGCGGCCCUUGUCGAACCUACGUCGCACCAAACGGUGCAAGCUAUGGUUGUUGUUGCUGAGCAUGUAAUCGACCAAAGUUUACGUGACAUUGCGACACAGAAUCGGUUUACACUUGAGGAAGUACGAGAGUAUUACGACAAAUGUGGGGAUAUGGAGCGUACAGGUCGAAGGUUCCAGAAAAUGCGAGAGCACCUGAACCUUCUACCGGACGAUCAUUGA